ACCACCAACCCCUCUCUCUCUCUCUCUCUCUCUCUCUAAACGCUAACAAGGAAGAAAUGAAGAUUUGAGUGAUUCGAACAGGAACAGAAGUAGAAGAAAUUGAUGACGAUAAUGGAAGGAAUCUCAUCGAGUUUGUGCAAAGGGAUUAAAGGGAAGUGGAAUAGAAAAGACUACAAGCGUCUCGAUGGCUCUCAUCGUUUCCGCCGUCGGACGAUCCGUGUGGUGGAGCUCGCUUCCUCUGCUUCCCAAGACGGAGUCGGGCAGGACCAGAACCAGAACCAAGGUGGUGGUCGUCGGAGGCGGUUCUGGCGGAUCAAGGUGACGCCAAAGCUCAAGAUUUUCGCCCGGGUAAACUCACCAAAGAAGUUUUUCCAGAGAUUAAGGGAUGCAUAUGUGAAGAUUAUGCUCGGAUUUGCAAACUCCAGGAUGUUCCUCUCUGGCUACGGCGGUGGUAGAGCUGGGUUUGGGAUGCGAAAACCAGCAUUGAAGGAGUACGAUGAGAAGGUUAUAGUUGAGAUCUACAAGUCAUUAAUGGCACAGGGCUUAGUACCUGGCGAUGCUGCUAGACUCGCUACUGUAACUGCUACGGCUACAGCUGCAACACCAAUAGGCAUAGCAGCAUAGGUUGUCCUCUGUGACCAACUCCUGUUUUAACUUAUUCUAAUUUUUCUGUUUCUCGUUAGUUUUGCUCUUAUUUUGUUACUUCUUCAUAAUCAAAAUCCAUAAAUUGUAUUUUACCAAGUCA